CCCACAGCCGUACGCCAUUUCCGGAGGUUUUGGCGGGGAAUGGGGCUGUGAGGCCUGCUUUUGCCAUGUGCCUGCCAGGGAAGGUGGACCCAUGUCCAAUGCCAACCAUCCAAAACGCCAGCACCGCCGCCCCCCUGGGCCCUUGUUUCCGGCCGGUGAACAUCAGCCGGGAGGAACGGCGGCUCAUCGCUUCGCCCUGGUUCGCUGCCACCUUCUGCCUAGUGGGCCUGGCCUCCAACCUCCUGGCCUUGGCGGUGCUGGCCGGUGCCCGGCGGGCCAACAGCUACCGGGCCCGCUCCUCCUUCCUCACCUUCCUCUGCGGCCUGGUGCUCACCGACUUUCUGGGGCUCUUUGUGACUGGCUCUGUGGUCGUCUCUCAACACGCCACCCUGUUUGACUGGGCCGGCACCGACCCCGACUGCCAUCUGUGUAGGUUCAUGGGGGUAGCCAUGAUCUUCUUUGGCCUGAGCCCACUCCUCCUGGGCGCCGCCAUGGCGGCCGAGCGCUUCGUGGGCAUCAACCAGCCUUUCUCGCGCCAAGGGGCUGCGCCCCCGCGCCGGGCCUGGGCCACCGUGGGGCUGGUGUGGGCGGCCUCCUUCGGCCUGGGGCUGCUGCCCGUCGCCGGCCUGGGCCGAUACACCGUCCAGUACCCCGGCUCCUGGUGCUUCUUGACUCUGGGGUCCGAAGUGGGCGACGUGACCUUCGGCCUGCUCUUCGCCCUGCUGGGCACCUUCUCCGUGGGCCUCUCCUUCAUCUUCAACACCAUCAGCGUGGUCACCCUCUGCCGUGUCUACCAUGACCGGGAGGCGGCGCGCCAGCGGCCUCGGGACAGUGAGGUGGAGAUGAUGGCUCAGCUGCUGGGCAUCAUGAUCGUGGCUACCGUCUGCUGGAUGCCUUUGUUGGUCUUCAUUGCCCAGACGGUCCUUCAGAGUCCACCUGUCAUGCUCCCCAGUGGCCAACUGCCCCGUCCCACAGAGCAUCUGCUCCUCAUCUACCUACGCGUGGCCACUUGGAACCAGAUCCUGGACCCCUGGGUCUACAUCCUGUUCCGCAGGGCUGUGCUAAAGCGUAUCUACCCUCGAUUGACGGUCCAGCCGGUCCGGCGCUCCAUCCCGUCUCUGGAUCCCGCCAUCCCCCAGUCUCUACAGCCCAAAUGCACCCAGGAACUGAGGCUGCAGUAACCCCCACAAGAGAACCCAAGGCACAGAGGCCAGUCAGCACUGUUGGCAGGAGAAACACUGGGCUGUCCAAGAGCAAAGUCUGGGAGGGGGCUGGCACCAAGAACACCCAGAUUUCAGGUUUAGCAAAGUUGAGCGGACAUUGUGUUGUGGACAUGUGAACAAGAGGGGUGGGGUAAGGAUCCCUAUCCUUGGGGGUCAGAGGAGGAGCCCCAGAGAGGUAUCUGGGUUCAGCAUCCCAGGCACCUGGUGACCUUGUCCUCCCCACUACACUCCUGCCCUCUCCUGUUAAUUAAACUCCCUUGCC